AUGAAGGUUUCAAGAAUUUUAUUACCUUCUGUUGUUCUUCCAGUCUUUAAACAUUUAAAAGAUGAUAAUGAUCCAGUUACAAAAAGUGAUAAGUUAAUAAAUCAUUAUAUGGUUAAAUAUGCUAUACCUGGUCUUAGUAUAACAGUUACAAAAAAUGGCAAAUCAAUAUACUCAAAAGGAUUUGGUUAUUCUAAUAUUGAAACAGAUACACCUUGUACAAAUGAAUCCGUUUUUAGAAUCGCUUCCAUAAGUAAAUCCAUUACAGCCAUAAUUGCUGGAAAAUUAAUGGAUACAAAAAACUUUGAUAUAGAUAAAGAUAUCCGAGAAUAUAUAAAAGAUUUUCCUGAAAAAACUUAUGAAGGAGAAAAAGUAUCUAUAACAAGUAAACAUUUGUUAACUCAUAUGUCCGGAGUAAGACAUUAUACAAAGAAAAAUGAAGAAAAUAAGAAGGAGGAUGAAGAAUUUUUAUUAAAUAAAGAAUUUGAUAAUGUUUCACAAGCACUAGAAUUAUUUAAAGAUGAUGAAUUAUUAUCUAAACCAGGGGAAAAGUUUAAUUAUACUACUCAUGGAUUUACAUUAUUAAGUCGUGUUAUUGAAAAAGUAUCAGAUGAAGAGUUUCCAAAUCUAGUUCAAAAAUUGUUUAAUGAAUUAGGAAUGAAUUCAAGUUAUAUUGACAAUAAUAAAACAAUAAUACAUAAUAGAGUACAAUUUUAUAGAAGAAAUAAGUAUCAUGAACUUGAGAAUUGCCCCGAAGUAAAUAAUUCAUAUAAAAUAGCUGGUGGUGGAAUGUUAUCAACAUCUGAAGAUUUAACAAAAUUUGGUAAUACAAUACUAAAAUGUUUUCAAGAUUAUGAUGAAAGUAAUAAUGAUUGUAGAGUUAUAUCUAAUGAUAGUAUUAACAAAAUAUGGAAACCAUAUAUUAAAACACAUGAAAAAAUUGUCCCAUUUUUCUAUUGUCUUGGAUGGUCUCAUGUGCCAUUUAAAAAAUGUUACAAUUCUAAAGAUACUUUUUACAGAAAUGGAUAUUGGUAUCACACGGGUGCUGCUGUGGGUUGUUCUUCUAUUUUAUUAAUAAAACCAACUACAACUAAAAAACGAAAGUAUGAUAACAAUGAUAAUCCAAAAGGUAUAUGUGUUGCUAUAUUAACAAAUGUUCAAGAUUGCUAUAACGGAAUAACUAAUCUUGCUCUUGAUAUUGCAGAGUGUUUCAAUUAA